AUGGCGGGAAAAGUGUGUAUGGUGUUGGCACUUAUCAUGAUAGGGUGUGUUUUGCAAGCAUGCAAUGGAGCCAAUGUUGAUGAGAGCAACCCAACGCAAAGUUCAAAAUUCGUUUGUUUCAGAACCUGCUCCAUAGCUUGUGGCAAACAAAACGAACCUUGUUACAAUGAAUGUUUGACCAAAUGUGGUCUCCCACAGAGACCCCCUAGACCAACAUCAUCUUCAUCACCUUCUACCACCGCUUGA